AUGAGCCUAAACGGUACCCACACUCUAGAUGAAUUGUUAGCCAGUGUUUUACCUCGAGGUCACGAUUUCGAAUUACUUCACUUGCAAGAUGAACCAGCACAAACGCACGACAUUGUAACUCCAAUGCCAACGACUCAAGAACGUGCCGAUACCCUUACAGUUAAGAUACAGCAUUUUUUUACUCUUUUCCAUAAUAAAAAGGCUGUGUUUGCGCUGGAAAUAUACGUCUAUUUGACUUUAUCCUCCCUUCACAAUACGAAACUGAUUUUUGUCUCCAAAGCUGAUACAAGUGGGUACUGUGAUAUCAAGCUCCGUAUGGGAGACAUCACAAAGGUGUUUCUACAGUACUUGAUAUCUGUGGAUCCGCUACAUUAUUUGCGUAAAGUGAAGCCCUUGCGGAGGGUCAAUGAUCACGAUGAGUCGUUAAUUCGGAAGGGUACCUCUGUAGAGAGAAGCUUACGGAUCCUAGCUGUAAGAGUAGAUUUAUCUCCACAUCCAUGCCAGAAUACAGACAAGUUUUAUAUUACAAGAAAUGAUGUUGGCGGAGAUACGAAUUGGGUGACCAAAAUUUGCCUGUUCACGAGACCAGCUGAUGAUUAUCUAUUCAUUGGAUCCUCCAAGAACGCUAAAAAGCACAAAUUAAACGGGGAUCAAUUGUUGAAAUGGUGGAUGAAGAUUAUAGAUGGGUUAGUGUGCACUGACUUUGAUCCGAAUAAUGUCUCGGCAAGAUUGAGAGUCCCAGGGGAAGACACAGGGAGAGUCAGUAGAACUUACUUGAAUGGAGAUUUGACCCAAUCCAAUAAUUGGCAAGUAGGUGAUAUAUUUGGUGGUACUGGGAAUGAUUUGGCUGUGUUCCACGUUCCCUUGUUCCCUGAUGAUCCUAAAUCAAGAUUUAUACGACAUUUAGUACAAGAGAAUAGAAUAAUGAAGACUAAUUUGAAGACGUAUUGGAUGGAGUUGCAAGAACGUCAAGAGUUCAAACUAAGUGUCAUUGUAUCCGUCAUUGGUGUGGAGGGACAUACGAAGAAGAUUCCUGAUUACCUUCCAAACGAUAGGGAGAUCUUCAUAUGCUCCUCUAGGAGACAAUUUAGAUAUAUACGAAGUUAUGUAGCAGGUGAAGAAUACGAUAAUGAGGAGGGAACAUUGGAGUCAUACGUAAACGUUCGAGAUUACCUUGAACUCCGAUAUUCAAAGAAGCUACUCAAACUUUCUGGUACGAGAGAACCAGAGAUUAGGAAACCAGUAGUGGCCUCUACAACGAAGAGGAGUGCCAUCCCUGUAACAUUGCUUCAACCAAGAAAGAAAGCGAAACCCGCUAAGUGA